AUGAGCUCUGCUAUCACCGGCUGGGAGCACCCUGACCCUUUGCAGAGGGUGGACGACGGGCUCCACUGUCACCAUGAUGGCCAAGGCGGGAAGAAGGCUGGGCAGGCCGGGAGAUCCAGCAGCAGCCAGCCAACCUAUAGCGUCCUGGAUGUCCCCCCAUGGUACCUCUGCAUUCUCUUGGGCAUCCAGCACUUCCUCACGGCCCUGGGGGGGCUCGUGGCAGUACCGCUCAUCCUGGCCAAGGACCUGUGCCUGCAGCAUGACCCCCUGACUCAGAGCUACCUCAUCAGCACCAUUUUCUUCGUCUCCGGCCUCUGCACUCUCCUGCAAGUGUUUUUAGGAGUCAGGCUGCCCAUUCUCCAGGGCGGGACGUUUGCUUUCGUGGCACCCUCCCUGGCCAUGCUCUCCCUUCCCGCUUGGAAGUGCCCUGAGUGGACAUUCAAUGCCAGUCUGGUGAACACCAGCUCUCCUGAGUUCACUGAGGAAUGGCAGAAGAGGAUCCGAGAGUUGCAGGGCGCCAUUAUGGUUGCAUCCUGUGUCCAGAUGCUAGUAGGAUUCUCAGGCCUCAUUGGGUUUCUCAUGCGCUUCAUUGGCCCCUUGACCAUCGCUCCGACCAUCUCCUUGGUGGCCUUGCCUCUCUUUGAUUCUGCGGGCAGUAACGCUGGGGUCCACUGGGGGAUUGCCGCCGUGACCAUCUUCCUCAUCGUACUGUUUUCUCAGUACCUGAAAAACGUCGCAGUACCUGUGCCAGCUUAUGGAGGAAAGAAGUGCCACACGUCUAAGUUCUACCCGUUUCAGGUCUUCCCGGUGCUGCUGGCGCUCUGCCUCUCGUGGCUUCUCUGCUUCGUGCUCACAGUCACCAACGCCCUUCCCACGGCCCCCACGGCCUAUGGGCACCUGGCCCGCACUGACACCAAAGGCAAUGUGCUGAGCCAGGCUCCUUGGUUUCGCUUCCCUUACCCAGGACAGUGGGGCCUCCCCACCAUCAGCCUGGCUGGGGUCUUUGGGAUCAUUGCAGGGGUAAUCUCCUCGAUGGUGGAGUCCGUAGGCGAUUAUUAUGCCUGUGCCCGGCUGGUGGGGGCCCCCCCGCCUCCGAGGCAUGCUGUCAACCGCGGCAUCGGCAUCGAGGGUCUCGGCUGUCUGCUGGCGGGGGCCUGGGGGACAGGCAACGGCACCACCUCCUACAGCGAGAACAUCGGGGCGCUGGGCAUCACCAGGGUGGGGAGCAGAAUGGUGAUGGUCGCUGCCGGCUGCUUGCUGCUGGUGAUGGGCGUAUUCGGGAAGAUGGGGGCUGCCUUUGCCACCAUCCCGACCCCGGUGAUCGGGGGCAUGUUCCUGGUGAUGUUCGGGGUCAUCACCGCCGUGGGGAUCUCCAAUCUGCAGUAUGUGGACAUGAACUCAUCCAGGAACCUCUUUAUCUUUGGCUUCUCCAUCUAUUGUGGGCUCGCCAUUCCCAACUGGGUGAACAACAACGCUGAGAAGCUCCAGACAGGGAUUCUCCAACUGGACCAGGUCAUCCAGGUGCUGCUGACCACGGGCAUGUUUGUUGGUGGAUUUCUGGGCUUUUUCCUGGACAACACCAUCCCUGUGCACCUGCAUUCUAGAAACACAGCGUGGAAAGACCCGCCCUUUGAAGGUGGGGCAAGGAUGGUGCUCAUAGAAGAUUGUUUCCUCCUGCAGUGGGAGCUCAGGGAAUGCCCCUGAGAUGGGACUCUGGAUGGACCAGGAAGAGAAGGAAGCCUGGAGGAGAGAGGCCUCCUGGUGUGGAAUCAAAUCCAGGAGGACUCCGAAGAGACUGCGAAGGCCUUGGAGGUGUACCGCCUGCCCUGGGGGAUCGGCACCAAGGUCUGCACGUCCUCCUGCACCCAGUACCUCCCCUUCUGGCCCAGGCUGGAAGCCGGGAACCGGGAGCGGGGCUGGAACCUGCUGGCCUGCCUCUUCCAGGACCCCUCCGGAGUGCGCGGGAGGGGCGCCUCCGAAACCAAGCUGUGA